GUAAUCAGCGUGGGCAGGAGAGCUGGUGAUGCUGCUCCGCCUCUGGACGGGGAUCCAGAUUAUUGACGUAAGUCCCAGGUGGAGGCGGAAAUAUCUGCAGCUUCUCCCAGACGGAGCGUCAGCGUCUGACCUGAGAGACUCGGCUGAUCACAGCAUCCGUGUUUGUAGGCUGAGUUGAAGGCCAGAAACCGGCUCAACAAGGAUUGUGCAGCUCCAUCCAGGAAUACUCCUCCCGUCACCGUGACAACUCUGAUCAAACAGCAGAGGUAACCCCUUCCAGCUGAGGUUACGUCUGAAUUUUCCUGGAAGAAGAGCCCAAGCAGCACCCUGAAUUAAUAAUGGGUAACACCAAGAGCGGCGCCAUGUCCAAGGAGAUCCUGGACGAUCUGAAACUCAGCACCAAGUUCUCAGAGGACGACUUAGUCACGUGGUACCAAAACUUCAAAAAGCAGUGUCCGACGGGCCGCAUCUCCAAAGAGGAGUUUCAGAACAUCUACAUCAAGUUCUUCCCCGAAAGCGACGCCAACACUUACGCCCAGCACGUCUUCCGCUCCUUUGACACGAACGACGACGGCACUCUGGACUUCAAGGAGUACAUCAUCGCCCUGCACAUGACGUCCACGGGGAAGACCACCAGCAAGCUGGAGUGGGCCUUCUCGCUGUUCGACGUGGACAAGAACGGAUACCUCACCAAGCCCGAGGUCACCGAGAUCUGCGCGUCAAUUUUCAAGUUGAUUCCUAAAGAUGAAGUGGAAGAUCUGCCCGACGAUGAGAACACACCGCAGAAGAGGGCGGACAAACUCUGGAGUAUCUUUGAAAAGGGAGAAAAUGAUCGAAUUGCAGAAGGAGAGUUCAUCCAGAAACUGUUGGAGGACGACGAUGCUCUCGCUCUGAUCCAGUUAGAACCUUUAAAGUAGCGGUGAUUCCUCCCCCUCCGGUCCAGAUGUUUCCCUUGUUACCCUCGAUGUGACACACCCGGAAGCACCUUCAUAAAUAAUAUAUCAUGCAGGAGGCGUAGACAAAGCCCUAUUUGAUACAUAAUCUCCUGCUUUAACUUCCCUCGUGUCACGUGUGAAUCUGUGCCGUUUGAGUUUCUCGUAGUGCAACACGCGAAAGAGUAUAGCGACAUCACAGUAGCAGUCAUUUUAAACUUUAAUUACUUCAAAUGAGCCCCCACAUACUACAAUCUGUCUCCCUUUGAAAAGACAAAAACAUCAAAUGUUAUCAAUUAUCUUCAUCAAAUGAUUUUAUUAAUUUAUUAAACCCACUUGACACAAAACAAUAAGUAUAUUUUGCAUUUUCAGUUGAGGCUACGUGCUCAUAUGAACUGAAAUAUACAGUAUGAAGUGCUUUUAAUUAUGUUGGGAACAUUCAGAAAAUAGAUAAAUUAACAAUGAAUGUGUGUGUUUUUAAAAUAAAAUAAGUUAGUACAUCUUCUGUACACCGUGACCCUGCAAAGGGGAUGGAAAAUGGAUGGAUGGAUCUCCUGUACGUUGGUUAAUAUUUCAUAUAAUGCAAAUGUUUACCUCUGUCCAUUAAGCAAUACGGUUUUCAAUAUUGUUGUUUAAUUUUGUAUUUUGGCCAUUUUUAAUUCACUUAUGUAACCCGGCCUUAAAUGUUUGAAGAUGUAGUUAAAUGGUACAGAGAAUAUAAAUAUACACAGACUGGAUAUUCCUUUACAUCAAAUUUAAUAAAUAAAACAGUGAAGUUUCAUUCAUAAUAUAAAACAAAAACAAACCUCUGAAACAAAGCUUAGACUUGUGUUAAGCAGGGAUGAGUGUCAGCAGCAUUUAUUAUUUUGCAAUUUUAUUGUCAUGAAAGCAGCACAAAGUACCUUAUUUCAUAUUACGAUAUCAGUUUCAAUUUCAUUUGAAGGACUUUUUGCAAACUUUUAGAAAGCUCUCACUGUCUCCCUGCUGCCAAUAUAAUCAGGGCUGCACAUAAUUAUUUUGGUCUGGUGCUCAGAGGAGCCCCUGGAUAUGUGACUUGGGGCUCCAAAAACACGGUGACCCGUCUCGCCGGAUCGAUAAAAGAGGGAUGCAGGAAUAAGUUAUAGGCAAAACGAUAUUUAUUCACUUAUAAAGAUGAUUGGCUCAAUAUGGUCCUUUACAAAGUUAAUUUAUUUCAAUAAUUCAACUAGAAUAUGGUGUAAAAGUUAAUUUAUUUCAAUAAUUCAACUAGAAUAUGUUGUAAAAGUUAAUUUAUUUCAAUAAUUCAACUAGAAUAUGGUGUAAAAGUUAAUUUAUUUCAAUAAUUCAACUAGAAUAUGGUGUAAAAGUUAAUUUAUUUCAAUAAUUCAACUAGAAUAUGGUGUAAAAGUUCAUUUAUUUCAAUAAUUCAACUAGAAUAUGGUGUAAAAGUUAAUCUAUUUCAAUAAUUCAACUUAAAAGGUGAAACUAAUAUAUUACCUAGUCUUAUUACAUGCAAAGCAAGAUAUGUUAAACCUUUAUUUGUUAUAAUUUUGAUGAUGGAAUUGUUUAUUGAUUUCAUAAAAUAUUCUCUAAUUUAUUUUUUAUUUGGGGUUUUCAUAAACUUUGAGCCAUAAUCAGAGAGCAGCGUCUUGCCGGUGCAGGCAGCUGCUGCUGCACGCAGUGACGGACACUGGCUGAUUUAUGGUUCCGCGUUACACCAACGCAGAGCUUACGGGGUAGGAUACGCGGGAGCGCGAACGUACGGUGCGCGUCGCCGCGUAACAUCAUGCAGCCGCUUCUCAACACACAUUUUCUGUUUCUAUCCACGGGUAGUGGUUCAGUUUGGCGUCUCUUUGUAGUUGGUGGUGGUGGAAUGCCAGAAUAAUUACUUAAUGGCGCUUGCUUCUUGGACAUUUUGUUGAGACGUGUCGCGGUUUGUUCAGUAAAGCUGAUGCUUACCUCUCUCCCUGCGCAAUCCACCACAGCAACGGACGCGCUGUGAUUGGCCAGUACCAACUUUGAGUGGGAGUUCUGGGGAAAAGCUCUCCCAAUAGAUUUUUUAAUAUUAGUAUUCUGGUCUGGCCACAACCAAUAAUAUGAGCCCCAGCUGUUGGUACGCAAAAGCGCUUAGCAGCACAAGAUUGACAGCGCACUGUGGAUUUUGACGGCGCAUGCGCUCUGGCGGCCCACUUAUGUGCAGCCCUGAAUAUAAUCCAAAUAUAUUCAAAGCAACUUUGUUGGCAGUCUCUGGUGUUCAGAGGCAGCUAAGAAACUCUUAACAGUUAUGGUUCAUGAGAAGGGGAGAGAGUUACGCAGCAAGAACCCAAACAAGAGCAAAUAUUGGACAAAAAUCAUUAAAGGAACUCAAUUUCCACACUUUGGGGCUAUGAAUUACAAAAGUUCCUUUUUGCCACUUUUAAACUACUGUAUGUGGGUAGUUUGCUUGACUCACACUAAAGCCAUGUUUUAAGGAGGAUUUGCUUGACGCAGCACUUCAACAAUCCAACAAUUUCAACUAGUUUGGAAUCAGAUCCAAAGACCAACAGCAUAUUAGCCGCCUGUGUGAGUUACAACGACAGAACACGGCGUCCGACACAAACUAUGACAAAUGUGUGUUCAGUGUUUGCACAUUGAAGUUUAUCAUUGAAAGUGUAAUGUUUAUCAUAUGUUUAAUGUUUAUUGUAAUAAUUUGUCAUGCAAUAAACAACAAAGUACAACAGAUGGCUCUACUUUUUGUGUAA